UCGAGGGCCUACUGUUAACUGUUUACCUGUAGUUUAAUAAUUUAACGGUCGGUCUUCUUUCAUCCUUGAACAAAUUCGUGCUGUCUUAUACGUAAUAAGCGAUUUCAGUUUUUGGCCAUUCUCAUGUUGUCGCAUUCGUUUUAGUAGUAUAACUUAUUUAUGUAUUCAGUAUUCGUGUUAGUAGUAGUGUUAUAUUAUUUAUGACAAAGUAUUUUUAAUUUUCAAACAACAUGAAUCAAUUCGAACAAUUAAUUCUCCGCUGGGUAUGUCUAUUUGAUGACUUUAGGGAUAAUGACUUCUCCGACAUUUCCCUACUUGUAACCAGCAGUAAUUUCCAAAAACUCGUUAACGAUGUCUUUUGUUAUAAAUCAGCUGUGUCGUCUUCAACAAAAAUUGAACAACUAUACAACACAAUAAAAACUAAUUAUCAGGAAUUUGAAGUCGAAGGACCUUCUAACUUGCAUACCGAAGAAAACUCGUGUUACACCUGUGUAGUUGUGUUAUUACACGCUUUAUUGAAAUGCACAAACAAUAAAUUUAGAGAUCAGCUAAGUGAACGAAUGGACGAUAAAGAACAAGUAUUAUUGGCGAAAUUCCUAGAAGCUACCCAAAGCGCACUAUUUACUAAACAAAAUAUAUCUGAAGCGUUGGACUCGGCUUUCUCUGAUGGAACUAAAAAUUCAGAAUCUUAUUUAGCAGAAGAGUUUUCUAACAAUGUUACUCCAAAAAAGACAAAUCCGUUACGUCGCAGUUAUCUGCAAGAAUUCUGUGAAUCCCCAAAGUCUCAAUCCUUAAUCUAUCAAGAAAAAGAUAAAGUCAUUGCCAAACUUACUGAAGAUUAUAAAAACGAGUGUGAAGAAAAUUAUAAGUUGGCUGAGAGUAAUAGAUUAUUAGAAGAAUUAAAUGUAAAACUUAGUACUAAAUUAGAAGACAAAGACAAAGUAAUAAAAUUUCUAAAAGAUGAAAUUGAAGAAUUAUCUAAACCUAAAGAGGUGCCAGUCCAUGCUGAAGUCAACAACGAGUGGCUAGUAAAGAAACUCAACCAAGAUGUUUACGACUUGGAGAAAAAUGUUGUCGAUUUAAAACAACAAAUUGUAGAUCUAGAAAAUGCUCAUACAGAUCUUAACGCAAAAUUCCAAAAGAAAAAUUCAGAAUAUGAAAAUGUUUUAAAUGAGUUUGAGAAAAAUGAAUCUGAAAAAAUAUUAAUGAAAAAUACAAUUGAAUCUUACAAAGAAGCAAUCCUUGUCAAAGAAGAAGAAAUUGUGUCAUUGAAAGAUGAACUUUAUAGUAAAGCUUUAUCGAAAAGUCCUGUGUUCAAUUCGAGUAAAAAUGAUGAUGCAAAUGUGGCCCAAUCAAAUACAUUGUUUGAUGAACUGAAAUGUUUGAAACUCGAAGAGGUAACACGUGACAAAGAAAAAUUCAAACAAAAGUAUAAAUCUACCAGAAAAGACCUUUCUAAUGCUGAAAAUGAAAUUAAAGACUUGAAUUCAGCCAUAGCUAAAUUAAAACAUCGGCUACAUAAUCUCGAAGCUAAUGAAAAGGAUCUACUGAAUGAUUGCUCGAAUAAGAAAAAGGAAGUUCAAGAACUACGAAAAAAGAAUAACAUGUUAGAAAACAAGAUUAAAGAGUUACACGAUUCUGUGAAAGAUAAGGAGUAUCGUAUGAAAUCGCUUUGUUCCGAUUUAAAUAAAAAAGAAAUCCAUAUCAAGGAUUUAUCAAAUGAAAUGGAAACUAUUAAAAAAGCCAAGAUUAUGAUCGAGCUAAUAUUGACCAAAACAAAUACUGAAAUAGAGGCGUUGCAUGAAGAAAACAACAAACAGGUACACAACUUACUUUCGACGAUUGAAAAGUAUAAACUUUCAGAAGAUGCAUCUAAAGAGAAUAUUUUACAAUUGGCAAACACUGUAAACGAUCUAAAAGCCGAUUUGGAAAACAAAAUGCAUCAAAUACUAUUCUGUGAAAAACAAUUAUCGGAAAAUUGUCAAAUUUUAAAUACGAAAGAAGAACAAUUAGCGAUGCUUUAUCAAGAAAAAUUAAUGGUGGAAUCCCAGUUAAACAGUGUUAAUACGGAAAUAGAAAAGCAACAAAAAUUGUCUAGUACCAAAAUUCGCGAAUUGGAAAAUUGUUUAGAGUAUCACCUGGAUGAAUUAAAAAAUGCUUUAGGUAAAAUAGAAAAAAUGGAAGAAAAAAUAAAUAGCAAACAAAAGCAAGUAGACCAAUAUGUUGAGCAAAUAACAAAACAAAAAGAAUUUAUUAAUGAGUUGGAGUGUGUUAAAUGUAAAUUAAAUACUCAGAUAACUAAUCUUGAUGACCAAUUAUUAAAGAAAAACUGUGAAGCUAAAGAUUUAGAAGAGAAAAUAAAGUAUUAUUUAUUAACUUUAGAGAAAAAACAAAACGAAUUGGAUGAUAGCGUUGCAAUGGUUAAUGAAAAUACACGUACUAUUUCGAAUUUGAAACAACAAAAACUUGAUAUUGAAAAUGAAUUAAAAUUUACUGUUGAAAAUUUAAUGGAUAAAACUAACAAACUUAAACUUUUAGAGGAAAAAUUAUCAAACAGCGAGUUGGACAACAAGAACUUAAAGAAGGAACUUGAAGUAAAAAUUUUGGAAGCUGAUAAUCUCAGAAAAGAUCUAGAAAUCACUGUUAAUAAUAUGAAAAAUCAACAAGAUAUUUAUGACAAGCAACUAAAAGAAAUAAAAAGUAAUUUGGAAACUUCUGAAAACAAAAUAAUUGAACAAGCGAAUGAAUUGGAAAAAAAUCAAAAUUGCCUUAAAGCUAAAAAUAUUGAAAUAGGUAAAAAAACAGAUUUAAUUAAAAAACAAAAGGAAAAUAUCACUUGUUUGCAAACUCAACGUAGCGAUCUAGAAGAAAAGUUAGAAGGGAUCGAACAAUGUUUGUUGAAAAAAGAAACUGAGGUGUCAAAUCUGGAAAAUAAUCUACAGGAAAAAGAUGUAAUAAUUAAAAAUUUAGAAGACCAAUUGGGAGUUAUGUCUAUAGAAAAAGUAAUGCUUGAAACAAAUUUGAACGAAACGUUUGAUCAAAUAAAAAAGUCACGCGAUGAUUUUACUCAACAAGUUAAUGACAUGAUGAGCCAGUUAAACAAUCGCGCUGAGGAAAUUGGUCGUUUAAAGAAUCAUUCAUCAAAUCUCGAAAGCUUAUUGCAAGAAAGAAAAAUAGAACUUGACGAUCAAAUCACAAUGACAUUGGACCAAAUUGAAGUAACAAAAAAUAUAAAAAUCGAAAAAGAACUCUUAGAAAACCAAAUUUACAAUGCAAAUGAAUGUAUAAGUACUUUGCAGAAUGAGAUUAAAUCUUUAGAAGAGAAACAAAAUGAAUGUGAAACAUGUAUUCAAAAAUUAGAACAAAGAUUGAAUGAUGUCUCAUUUGAAAAAACGUCACUCGAAAACAAUUUGCAGAAUAGUGUUAGCAAAACAGUAGUAGAAGAACUUAAUGAGCAAAUAAAAGAUUUGAACAACAAUCUUGAAAACCGUUUGAAUGAAAUUGGCGAACUUAGAAAGUCUUUAUCGGAAAUGGACAAUGAUUUAAAUCAAAAGCAAAUUAAUUUUGAGCAUGUUAUCCAAGAAAACGAUAAUUUAAAAACCACUAUAAAUUUUUAUGAAAGUGAAAACAACGAGUUACAAAAUAGUUUAGGUGAACUGAAAAAUUAUCUAACACAAACUAAUGAAAAUAUAGCAUUACUACAGAAUGAAAUAUCCGCUUCCUCUUCUUCGAGAUUAAUAUUGGAACAACAAUUAGUGAAGGUACAUGAAGCGUUGAAUAACAAAAGUAUUGAAUUUGAAAAUCAAAUUCGUUUGUUCGAAGAACUGAAAGAAAAAAUUGGUAAAAUGUCUGACGAAAGAGAAAUUAAUCUAAGUAAAAUAAAAUCGCUUGAAGAUAAUUUAUCACAUAAAGAGUACGAGUUCAAUCUAUCUGAAGGAAAAUUGUAUGAUUGUAGCAUUACAAUUGACGAUUUAGAAAACAAAUUAGAUGCCAUGAAAAAAGAAAAUAUAUCGUUGGCAUUGCGGCUCGACGAAAAUCAAACACUGCUGAUUAGCGCCAAAGAGGAUCUCACUCGGCAGUUGGAAGUUCAAGAACAAUUAAAUGCCAAACAAAGGGAAUUGGAAAAUGAAAUUAAACUAUUAAACGAUCAAAUUUCUGUAUUGGAAUUGGAAAAAGAUGGCUUUUCUGCAGAAAUUGCGAAGCUAAACAAUUUGUUAAAAACUGUAGAGAGCGAUUUGUCAGAGCGAGAACAAGAACUUGAACAUCAAAAAUCGUGUUUACAGUCAGAAAAUGAUGAACAUAAGUUACUUAUGGAAAUUAUGCAUCAAGAAUCUACGAAAUGCCGUGAAGAGAUUGAAGAAAAAUUGUCGACCUUACAAGAACAUUAUAAUCAAUGUGAUGUAGAGUUAACUGAACAACUGGAGAUAACCGACAAACAAAAACAAGACAUUGCACUUUUGAAUUUGGAAAAAGAUAACUUGUCAAAUGAAAUAAAUAUGUUGAAGGAUACUAUAAAACAAAAAGAUUGUGUUUUAGGGUCUAACCAGAACAAACUGCUAGAAUACGAAGAACAAAAUGACAAUUUAAUCACUGAAAAAGCAUCUUUAGAAGUGGAAUUGAGUCAAUCCAAAUUACAAUUAGAAAACAUUCGACUAGAAUUAACUAAGCGAACUGAUGAAAUGGCUAAAGAGCUGCUGAUUUUACAGGAAAGACUAAUUAGUAAAGAGGCAAAUUUAGAAAUGCAAGUUAAAGAAUGUGACGAAAAAGUGAAAAUUAUUUCUGUUUUAACAUCGGAAAAAGAUAAUUUGAUAAUCGAAAGAAAUUCUCUACAAGAUUGUUUAUUGGAAAAAGAAUCGACUUUGGCACUAAAUCAGGAAAAACUAAACAAACAUAUAAAAUCUCUUGAGGAACUACAGAUCGAAAAAGAACAUAUAGAAUUAGAGCUAAAUGAAACAAAAAAGCAUAUUGAAAAUAUUCAGCAAGACUUAACGCGUCAAAUUGAAAUGUCUAAGAGCGAUUAUAAUGAGCUUAAACAACAUCUUGAACGGGCACAACUAACAAUUGAAGAACAAAAGGCACAAUAUGUUGAACAUAUAGACAUGAUUGCCAUUUUAAAAAGUGAAAAUACUAAUUUAAUAGACAAAAUUAGUACACUUGAACAAUUGCUUUUGCAAAAUGAUUCUGAAUCUAUUGAUUUCAAAGAUAAAUGUGAAAGAAAUGAAAACAGAAAUUUGUCUUUGAUAACCGAGUUGAAUGAACUUAAAUCUCAGUUAAAGACAUUGCACGAAGAAUCUGCCCAACAAAUCACUUGUAUGAAUAACGAAUUGACUGAAGUUCAGAAUGACAUAAGUUUUAAGCAGUCUGAUUUGAAAAAACAACUGGAAUUGAAAUAUAGUUCGCUGUCUGAAAUCUAUUGGAAAAUAAACGAUUUGAAAAAUGUCAAAUCUGAACUUGAAGAAUUACUUAAAAACGAAAAAAUUAACUUUGAAAACUGUUUGAAUAGUUAUACAAAAAUAAAUAUUACAAAUAUUUCUGUAAAACCUGAGCCAUUAGACGACGACCAUCAAGAUUCACUAAUGGAAGUUAUUACAUCGGCUGAUACUUUUAUUGAACAAAACGGUAUUCAGCUAGGACAAGUCGAUAACAUUAACGAGUAUUCCAUUAUUGAAAGAUUAAAGAAAUUAUUUGAAGCACUUAAAUUAUUUAUUAUUAAUAUUAACACUCAAAGCAGUGGACGAGCAAUUAUUCAUACUGAAAAUCAACUGACAGAUGAAGCUUAUGCUGAACUACUUGCGAAGUCAAAUAGUCAACAAGAAACCAUUAAAUACUUGGAAGCUGAAAUGCUAAAACUGAAAACAGAAUGUAAUUACAAAAUGACUAAAGUACAACAAAAAACGCAGGAAUAUGUUACAUCUGAAUAUGAAAAGAAAUUUGAACGCAAAAGAGAGCAAAUGAAACAAUUUUGCAAAGAUCUCGAAACUAAAAUUCAUCAAGACUAUGAAGCAAAAUUAAUGAAGUACAAAGAAAAGAUAAACAAAGAUGAAAUUCAUAUUAAAGAACUUGGUCAACAAUUAUGGGAAGUUAGUGAAAAAUAUUUACGUCUCCAACAAAAAGAUAGAAGAGAAUCGACUGCAUCCUUGCCAUUUGAUAUCUCCAAUAUUUCAUCAAUGUCAAAAUACAAUUCUAACACACUUCCCAAAUCCAGCUCAGCCAGUCAAAUUAGGUCUUUAGUUGAUGAAUCUUAUCAAAACAAACGAAAUGUCCCUUCAGGAAUUGGUAAAAAAUUCAGUUUAUCGUCUGGUAAAAUAUUUCCUAAAGAAGAAGACGAAGAAGGAGAAAUGUUCAAUCAUUCUUGUUUAGCCGAUUUGAAACAAGGUAAAGUGAGGUUAAAUGAUAACAAUGGAAAACAAUACUCGGAACGAUUGUCGGAAUUGCAAGCUCGUAAUUCCCUUUGUCCCCCACAUUUGAGAAGUUGUUAUGCAGUCGAAACCAAUUACUUGCCAAAUGCUUCUUUAAUUACGGAAGAAGACAUAAAAACCAUUAGCAGUUAUAGUGAUUGUGAAAGUGAAAAUUUAAUACCGAAUGACCGUAAAAAAAAAGAUAGAAAUCAGACAUCUUAUAAAAAACCAGGACCUCCGACACCUAGUAAAAACGGCGGUCGUGUUUCGUUAUCGGGUAACGCAAAAACAACUUUAAAAGAAACAAAAGAAUCAAAUUCUAAUAGAAGACGGGCCAGUAGUACACCAAACAAGUUAUUUGGCUUAUUUAUGAGUAAGAAGAACUAAUGACUUCUAUUUUAAUUAUUAUUUAUAUAUUUAAUGUUUAGUAAUAAUUGACUGUUGCACUUGUCAAUUUUACUUUACUUCAAGGAUUUUUUUUAUUUCCACUAUUCCUUAUUUUAUAUUUGUAUUAUAUUCUACAUUGUAUUAUUUUUUUUAUUAUUACUAUGUGUUACAUUUGUACUUAUUAUCUUUUAUUGUUAACAUUUUAUCGAAUAAGCAUUUUUUUUUUUUUUAUGGAAAAGUGAAUUAUUUUUUAAAAACCUAUUUUUAUUUUUUAUAUUGACAUAUUUGAGAUUAGUAGAACUUUAAUGUGCAUACUAUAAGAACAUUAAAAAUUCAGUCAAUCGAAACCUUUUGGCACAAACCAUUCUUGAAAAAAAAAAACCUGUAUCCAAUCCAAGUAAGCCACAAGACAGAUUUAACCAGUA